AUGAAGUCAACGCUUCUACUGUUAUUGUUAUCAACAUCAAUCAAACAAGGUCUAACCCAAAUCAAUCUUGGAUCGUUUUUCCUUCAUCCUCAGAAUGGCGGCGGAUUCGAUAUGGGAAUGGGACAAGGAGCCAACAUUCUAGGAUUUGGAGGUGACCGUAGCUUUAGUUUAGCUGGUAACAGAGCUGGAUUUGCAUUGGGAUCCAACAAUGGUGCUCUUGUUGGAGGUCAACGUGUUGGAGUUGACGGGGGAAUUGGUGGAGGACGUGAAGGAGUUGAGAUGGGAAGUCAGGUACAAUUCGGGAAUGAACCGAAUCCCGGACAUCCCGCUGGACAAUUCGGAAGUUUCAUGGACAAUGUGAAAAACUUCUUCUCCUUCCUAGGUCGUGGAAUGCCGAUGCCACCUCAACAACCACCACCAUCUCCACCAUUUACAUUGGGUGGUACUCGUCCACCAACACUGAUCGGAACUGAAGGAUCGGAAAGUGAAAAUGGAGGUAGACAUAGACCUCGUCCAUGGUUCCCAGAAGGAGAAGAAAGACCAGAAGAGACUGAAACUGAAAUGAGAUCGAAAGAAGGAGAAGUUGCUCCACCUGCCUCGUCAGGAGAAGCAGAGAUAAUCAGUCCAAAUAAUGGGGAUGUUCUUCCAUCAAAAUCAGUGGAAUUCAGUAUUGACAAGGAGCCAUCCGAAGAGUUCACAGAAGAUCUUUUCACAGCUCAAACAAGCAGACCGAGAGAGUUACCAGGUCUUAUUGAAUUCGCCUGA